AUGACGAAGAGGCCGAGUAUGUUUAUCGUGACAACGACAGAGAUCAAUGUCGAGGACGAAGUCGAAGUCGAAGCUGUCGAAAUUGGAGUCGAGGUCGAUCUCGUGUUCGAGGAAGACGGGGACGAGAAAGAAGGGGAAGACGAUCACGCGCGUGGAGCCUGUCGUCCAACGGUUCAAGCGCAUGGACUACACAUGAAGACUUUUAUGACGAGUGGACAUUAUGGCCAGCAUUGCGGCGACAUCGUGACCGCGGUCGCUCGCGCGGGUGGAGGGCUUGGUGGCCACGAGACCACGCGAGAGAAAGAGAGCGAGAACGAGAGCGGGGCGGCAGAAGAGCACGACACCAACACCGACACCAACACUCGGACACUCCGGCUGGGAUGA